AUGAAGACUACAAACCGUCCAGAUGAGUGGAAGAUCGAGCAGGGACUGUCUGGAGCUGUGCUCCCAGUCCUUGACAUGACAGGACCCAAGACCGAGCGUCUAGAUCCCCAGGUUUUUGGCGAGCUCACCAAAGAUGAGAAAGCUAUCAAGGAUGUUGGCGACCCCGAGAAACUCUUUUCCAGGGAGCGAAAGGGCUGGAUCGGCUUCGUCGAGUGGGAGAACUACCCCGAGAAGAAGGCCGCCGCACACAAGAUCUUGACGUCCCAGACCUUCCCGCCAAACCCCGAGUUCCAGCUCGGCCCCAUCCCUGGAACAAACCCAGUGCUUCCCGGUACCCAUUGGAAGAUGUGGCACCAUGCUCUCGGCGGCGAACUCGACAAAAUCCCCGAGGACUCUUGGUCUACCGUCCUCAAAGAGAAGCACGCCGACAUGCUCCACCUGCUCCAAUUCCCGUACAACGGAGAGCCUCCGAAGCGUCUCGUCACCGACAAGGUGAUUACUCCCAACCCGCUGCAUUUCGUGAGGAACCACGGAGGCAUCCCCAUUGUCAACAAGGAAGACUUCAGCUUCAUCCUCGACGGCCUCGUGGCCAAACCUCAGUCGUUCACGCUGGACGACAUCAUGGAUGAGUCCAGGUUCCCGCGCAUGGAGAAGACCAUCACGAUGCAGUGCUCUGGAACGCGCCGCAUUGAGCAGAUCCUCAAGUACCCUGGCCAGGGCGACGAAGUUCCCCAGGCACCAUGGGCGGAGGGCGCAAUCGGCAAUGCUCGAUACACUGGUAUCAGCCUCAAGAAGGUUAUCAAGGCCUGUGGCGGAUUGAUUGAUGGUGCGAAGCACUUGGAAUUCUACGGUGCCGACACCUACUUCAAGGACGACAAGACCAUGAACUAUCUCGUCAGCGUUCCAUGGUCCAAGGUCAAAGCAAAUGAAGUCAUGCUGGCUUGGGACAUGAACGGAGAGCCUCUACCUCGCAUCCACGGAUAUCCACUGCGUAUCAUGGUCUUUGGAUAUAUCGGAGCUCGAAGCGUAAAGUGGCUCUAUCGCAUCAAGGCCAUCAAAAACCCUUCCCUCGCCCCAGUGCAGAGCCAAGAGUACCUCUACUUCCCCCAACAGGUGGGAAAGCACAACUUCAAGCUCACAGACGGCAUUCAGAUUCAGGAAAUGCCAGUCAGCUCAGCCAUCAUGUCGCCAUGGACCAAGCAGGUCGUCAUCCACAAUGGCAAGAUUCGCUGCAAGGGCUGGGCGUACUCUGGAGGUGGCCGCUGGCCUGAACGCGUUGAACUGUCCGCUGACGGUGGCUUCAACUGGUACACGGUCCCGGUUGAGAACAUGUCCAAGAAGCGGCAGUGGACUUGGCGUACCUGGGAGAUCGACCUGCCUUGCGAUGUUGAGGGCUGGGUUGAAAUUGUUUGCCGUUGUUGGGACAACUCAUUGAAUACCCAGCCACCGGAUGUCCGAACCGCUUGGAACUGGGGUCUGCACGUCACAAGCUCUUGUCAUCGAAUCUCGGUGUACAGCGUCAACAAGAGCAAGCCUCUGACCAAGGCUCGUCUUGAUGAGUUUGAGAACAAGCACAUUCCGUUCGGCCCCAUCACUGUACCUUUGGCAUUCCCUGCUCAGAGUUGGGAGGAGUACGGCAAGUACUGGGAAAAUCAUGAUCCGCGUGAUGCGGAGGAUGAUUGA